GGAUAGUCCUUGUAGCGGACGAAAUUUGUUGUAUAUACUACCGACGAGCGCACCGAUGCCUGAUCGUCCAGCCGUCGAUGAAAAAAAUGAAAUUUUAUUGCUCCAACCAACCGGUGCUAACUCCCUAGCAAGACUUCAGUCGUGCUGCGUACCAUCAUCAGGUGUUAGGACAAUGCUGAGACUGAUGUUCGUUCAGGCCUUGCAGUCUGUGGCUUUCUACGUUAUUGUUGCCACCAUUGGAGAGUACGUGGAGUGUUUCUUCGAUUCUGCUCCAUCUGGUUCAUGGAGUCUAGUCUGGAUCAACAUCUUGUUGGCCUUCAGCCAUGCUCUGUCUCCAGUCUAUGGUUGGAUUACUGACACCAAAUACAGUCAUUUUCCGGUGUUAGUUGGCUGCUUCAUUAUGAACGUGCUUGGAGUUGCUCUCAUAUUCGCUUCAGCAUACAUACAGGACGGUACUAGUGAUCAAAUAGCUAUUGGAAGAGGCUUGUACUAUAGUGGGCUUUUGGUUAGUGUCUUAUUGGCUGUUCCUGGGAUUCAAGCCACACUCAUACCUUUCAUGCUGGAGCAACUGACUGGUGGAGCAGACCAGAAGAACCGACACCUUAGAGCCUUUGUUAGCUGGUCGUACUUUGCUGUAAAUGUUGGUGCAGCAAUAGCAUUUGGCGUAGGUGGAUAUCUACAAUCACUACGUUCUCCAAACGGCAACACAAAUUUCGGUGGUUUUGCAUGGAAAUACUUACUGGGACUUUGUGCUGUAUCAUUAGCAUUCAUAAUCUUUGUGUUUGGAAAGAACCAGUAUAGAUGGUUUCAUCCUCGACAAUUAUCUCGACCCAGUCUUAUAGCUGUAUGUCAUACUGCGUGGUGUAGGAAGCCUGAAAGGGAGCAUUAUGACACAGACAUUUUGAGACAACAUCAACAGGAACCAUCUACACAAACAGAGGCAGAGGAGCGAGAGCAGAAUGAUCACAUUCGACAACUGGGAGAGUUAGUUCCUCUCAUGACCACCAUGGUACUCUAUUUCACCAUUUAUUCACAGACUUUAAGCACGUUUGUUGAGCAAGGUCAUCAUUUGGAUUAUGAAAGUCUUAAUAAGGCUCCUAUACCACCUUGGGAUUGGCCUUUAAUAUUUGAUCCAAUUUCAAUUAUUAUAACAGUUCCUCUUAUGCAAUGGGUGUUGAAACCACUAUUUGAAAGAAUUACUGGAAGAAUUAUUUACAUUUUGCCCAGUAUUCGGUGGGGCAUGGUGCUUGCUGCAGCUUCUUGUGUUUGUGCAAGUCUAGUUGACUCUGCAAGGUUACACUAUUGUAACUAUAAACAUAUAUGCACUACUAUUAACAACUCCCCUUUGUGCCAGUGCUUUUCUCAAAUGUCUGCCAGUUGGCAAGUUCCACAGUAUAUUAUUAUGGGUGUGUCAGAAGUAUUAGCUGUUGUUGGCUUUAUGGAAAUUGUGCUGUCAAGGUCACCAAGGGAAUUUCGGUGUACAACCUUUGGAUUCUUUAGAAUGAUUGAAGGAAUGGGAAAGCUUGUUGGUGCUCUCACACUGAUCAUUGUUCAGUCGACUAAGCCAUCAUGGUAUUACAAGGCAAAGCACCUAAAUUCAGAUUUCAAUCCUGACUCUUGCUAUCUCCAAGAGAGCCGGUCACUUGUGUAUUACUAUUUUGUUAUCCUGGCCUUUGCCAUUAUCUUCAACACAAUUUUCUACAUGGCUAUAGAACAUAACUACCGCAAGUACACAAGAUAUGCACCUCUUCAAAAGAAAUAGAAUACAUCAAAUGCAAAGUCUGCCGUUCAUCUGUUUCUAAAGGCAACUCUACAACAUUUGAAUUUACAAGACUUGCUGUGUUCUUAAUAGCUACUAGGAUUAUUACUAGAGUCGUUGUUCAAAUUGCUUUAAUUUUGAUUAGAUUACUGGUUCUCCUAUGACGCUGGUUUGUUUUAUCUGUUGGAUAUAUACAUAUAGUAUUUUAUAGAUAUAACAUAUAGGUAUAGUAUGUUAGGAUGAGUUAUAUUACAGAU